CGCCACAACCUGAAAACCACUACUUCCAUUCCACUUCUCCACCGCUGCAACCUGAAAUCGCUGCUCCCGUUAAAGCCUCGCCGCCGCUGCAGAUCCAAUGAAACCCAGAAACCCAGAUCCAAUGAAACCAAGAAAUGGCGGCGUUGAAAUUAGAUCUACAGCGACGAUUUGGAAGGGGUACGACUAUUUGGAAGGGGUACGAGCUUCCCUCCGCCUCCUCGUCGGCGAUUUGGAAGGUUUCCCGACCUCAGUCAGCCACAUACAUCUUUCCCAGUCUUCAUCGCUUGAUGGGAGCCGCCGUUCCAUCUUCCUCCUGUCUCUUCAACACCAACGCCGUCCGGCGGGUCUCCGAGUCCGGGAAGGGCAUGUUGAUUGUGUUGUUGUUUUCACAGAGGAUGACGAAGGGUCUCCCACCAGCGCAGUCGAUUUGGAAUUGGCGGAGGGAGGAGCAAGGUUGUUCUCGCUCUGGCGGAGGGAGGAGCACAAGGGGAGGACGAGCAGCUGGGCUAGAGAAGGUCGGGCUGCGGCGGCGAGAAGGGUGAGGAGCGGGAUUGCAGGGUCGUGAUUAGGGAGGGUCGGUGCAUCGAUCUCCCACCCCCAAUUCCUUCUUUGUAGCGAGGUUGAACAUAAUCUUUCCCCUGUCCAUCAUGUUUCACCAUUUGAGCGGCGAUGGUGAAUCUGAGAUGAGGAAGAAGAGAUUAGUUUUUAUUUGGUAUUUAAUUAUUAAUUUUAAUUUAAAAAUAAUAAAUCUGAUGUGGCAGCUGACGUGGCGCAGAUGUGGCUGCCACAUAUGUGUCAUGUAACCAACAGUCAACAUUUUAUGGUUGACCAUUUGGUCAACCGUUAUUUAUAAUGGUCAACGGAAUUGUCAGGACGUAAAUGACACACAGCUAUAAUAAGUCAGGACACAAAUGUCAUAUUGGAUACUUUAGGACACAAAUGCCACAUUCUUCAUAGUUCGGGUUUCCUAGUGGUAUUAGCCCUAUCUAUUAUUGGACUCUAAUUAUUUAUGAUUACAUCAUUAGUAAUGGUUCAUCAUGUCGAUCGAUUAUUAAAAGCGGUGGCAGUUUGGUGAAAGAGAUAGGCCACUUGAUGGAAGUGGUAGACCGUUUACUUGUAAAGUGGUCGACCUUUUAGUGGAAAAGAUCGACCAUUUGUUGAACAUAUCAAAAUGAAAAUAGUACAUUUGGUCAACCAUUCCAACAAAGAGGUCGACCAUUUUGUUCAAAUAGGGCGACCAUAUCAAUGAAGAGGUCGCAAGUCAUGGUAACUUGCAAGUCCCUUUAGCAAAGUUCUAUGUUAUUUUAUUGUUUAUAUAAGAGUAAAUAUGUUAAAAUAUAUCUUUUGUAAAAAAAAUAUGAAAAUGGAUAUUAUGAAUAACCAACUUCUAUGUAACUUUGAUCAUAACAAUUUUCAUUAAUUUUAUUAUUUUUAACGUAACAUAUCUCGUUAAUUUUAACUUGAUUUUAAUUUUUUCAUAAAAAAUUGAACUACCUCUGAUGUACCGAUGACAUAUAUUUUAUAAAAAUUUAACACUAUAAUGUCAUUUUACUGGAAACAUAAUACAUUUUUACGUCACACGUACCAUUUUUAUGAAUCGCAUAAAACAACGUUAUACAUUACUUAAAUCACUGUUACAUUCGGUUCCUGAUUACAUAAGACAUAUAACAUGGCAUGGCGUAGCUAUUAUCAAAUAGAUGAGCCUGUAUAUAACCUCUAUUUUUAUCAUCCUAAUUACACUCCCACACCGUCACUCAUUCAUUUUUCUUUAAAAUUUAAGAAAACAAACUAACAUCAUUUGUAUGAGAGGUUAACAAAAAAAAAAAAUUUGUGGCCUAUUUCUCUCAAAUUUGGAGGGUUGACUUCAACAGUGUCAAGAAAAAGAAAAAAUUUCCGCUUCUUCUAUUUUUCAUCCUUAAAAAAAAAGAAAGAAUGUAAUAAGAAUUGGGUUUUCCUUUCCAAUUUUCCUUUCCUCUCCUUGGGAAACACAGGAUUAGCAUUUCUCUCUACAAUAGACAUGUCACAUAUCACCAAGUUUUUGCUUUUUCACAAUGUUGACAAAUGCUAAUUAAGAACGGAUUCUUAUUUCUUAGGGGAAGGUCUUCGAAACUUAACAUUUCACUUGAACAAGUCUAACAUCUCAAACGCUCAGCCUACAUUAUUGGUCAUCAUGAGAACUAUGAAAUUGUGUAAUUUGAUUUUGAUCUUCAUACAUGCUAUAUUGAGCAUACAAUUGAUCGUACAUGGAACUGGUGAGAAAAAGAAGAGUUUAUACAAAUGGUUAGGAAUGAUAUUUGGGGAUGUAAAGUCGUCACAAAUCAUCAUACUACGUUAUGUUAUAGCAACGUACGUACCUCUUCCAAGCCUGAAAACAACCAAAUGGAUUUGUUGAAGAAAAAGAACGUCCGAGUGAGAUUGAGAAGAAGACGAACCUAUAUUUAUGGCCAGCAUCUCAUAAAUACCCGGCUGAAACUGCAUUGAGCUACCUGUUAUAAAGUUGAUAAAAACCC